AUGCGGGUCAUUUUUCUUUUUCUCAUUUUUGCGUCGGCAGUAUCGUCUACAAGUGUUGAUGUGCUUAAGAAGUCAUCAGAAGUAUCGCAUAUUCCGAUGAAGCCAGAAUUUGCCGAAAAAUCUAUGAACCCUCUUGUUGAUGACGAUGAUUCUGAAUACGAGGCUUCGGCCGACUAUCCGCCUUCUUUUAAUGUAAGGAAGACUAAUAAUGAAGUCUUUGAGCCGAAGAAGGAAGAUGAAGACCCUAAAGAGGAAGCUGUGGAUCAUAAGAAUUAUACACCAGAUGCUAAAAAGGAAGUUCAACCUAAGACAGGCCAAGUCGAUUCUAAAGAUGAAACCGCGGUUAUUCCAAAGAUGAUUGAUAUUUACGUUGAUAGUGAAGAUUCAAAUAAUUCGACGGUUUCAAUUCACUCUGAGAAUGAUGAAAAUGAAGAGAACGAAAAUCAAGAUAUCUUAUCUUACAUUGAUUUGUUCCUCAGGAAAAUCCAGAAGACCCCUAACCUCCUUGCACUUGCCAUUGGAAUCUUCUCCGGACUUAUGACUUUCACACUUCUCGUCCUCAUCACCUCGAUUUGUUGCCGACCAAAGAAAUCGGUUAUUCCAAACAUCACCAACGAAUUUUAUGAAGCUACUAUGUGCUCCCAGCGUUUUGACUCGGUCAAUCUCACUGAUAAAGGAGAAGUAACUAUUCCAUUGAUGUCCCCAGGACAAGACUCCCGAAACAUGAUUGUUUGA